AUGCCCCGACCCAUUCUCACACUAUCGGAGAUUCCCACUGUGUCAUCCUUGUACUCGCUCGCCAGACUCGGGAAGACGAGUUCCGAGCGGACUCCGGUGCGGGCUCUCAACAACAUCAUCUCCAUCAUCCGUUACGAUAUUACCAGACUCGAGGUAGACUGUAUCGUGAAUGCGGCUAACCGUUCGCUGCUGGGUGGCGGCGGCGUAGACGGUGCUAUUCAUCGUGCUGCUGGCCGCCAGCUUGUCGAGGAGUGUGCCGACCUGGAAGGGUGUGAUGUCGGUGAUGCCAAAGUUACAUCUGCAUAUGACUUGCCUUGUGAAAAGGUUGUGCACACCGUGGGCCCAGUCUACGAUACGGAGUUCCACAAGGACCCAAGGCGCCCUGAGGCCCUGCUUCGCUCCUGCUACCGCCGCAGUCUGGAGGUCGCCGUUGAGAAUGACAUGACGUCUAUUGCAUUUGCGGCCAUCAGCACCGGCAUCUAUGGCUAUCCCAGCAUUAAGGCUGCUACUGCUGCCGUUGAUGAGGUACGGAAUUUCCUGGAGCUGCCCCAGAACAAGGGCAAGCUCGAGCGAGUGAUCUUCUGUAACUUCGAGCAGAAGGAUGUGCUCGCUUACGAGAGGGUAAUACCGUGA